CCGCGGAUGCUGCCGCUGCUGAUGCUGCGGGAGGAUGGACGCAACAGCGGCCCCCACUAUCAGUCAAUCCGUGUCUCCAGCAGGAGUCCACCAGCAGACCUCCGAGCCGCCAGGGGCCGCUGCGUGUGGACUAACGCGGUCAUUGGUGCUGGUGUUACUGAGGGGCAAGAUGGCGGAGCCUGAAGAGCCAAAAGCGGGUCCUUGCACUUUUCUUUUCAAAAAAUCAACAAAGAAAUUUUCCGGACGAAAGAGAAAAGCAAGCGAUAGCGACAAAGAUGGCAACAGCGAUGAGGAUCAGAGCUCUGUUAUUAGAAAAGGAAAGAAGGACACUCGAGUCAACCCCAUGAUUCAAAGGACAAAGAAGGUGGAGAGAGAUGAAGCAUCUUCCAGUGAAGGGGAAGGAGACAAAGACGAGAAGAAGAUCACUGUUGCCUACAAGUCCACACGGUCAGCAAAACCAGAGGGACCCGAUGACAUGGGUGCAACUGCUACAUAUGAGCUGGACACAGAGAGAGACAACGACGCUCAGGCCAUCUUUGAGCGGAGUCAGAAAAUCCAAGAGGAACUGACGGGCAAAGAAGAUGAUAAAAUCUACCGUGGCAUCAACAACUACCAAAAAUUCAUCAAGCCCAAAGAUACCACCAUGGGCAAUGCCUCAUCUGGCAUGGUCAGGAAAGGACCAAUCCGUGCCCCUGAGCACCUGAGAGCCACAGUCAGGUGGGAUUACCAGCCGGACAUCUGCAAAGACUACAAGGAGACUGGUUUCUGUGGUUUUGGAGACAGCUGCAAGUUCCUCCACGACAGAUCGGACUACAAACAUGGCUGGCAGAUUGAGCGGGAACUGGAAGAGGGCAGAUAUGGAGCCAAUGAUGAGGAAAACUACGAGGUGAGCAGCGACGACGAGGAUUUGCCCUUUAAGUGCUUCAUCUGCAGGGAGUCCUUUAAGAAUCCCAUCAUCACAAAGUGCAAGCACUUCUUCUGCGAGACCUGUGCUCUUCAGCAUUACCGCAAGUCCAAGCGUUGCUAUGUGUGCAACACUCAAACCAACGGUGUCUUCAACCCGGCUAAGGAGCUGAUGGCCAAGAUCGAGAAACGGAACGCCGCGGCAGACCAGCCGCCGUCAGACGAAGAAGAAGACGACUAGCAGCAUCGGAACCCUUUCAACCCUCCCCUAUGUGUUUGUGUUAUGUACAUUUUGAAUAAAAUGACCUUUUUUUUAAGACAGUUAACAGCCUCACUGUGUGGUGCCAUCAAGUGAAA